UCUCUCUUAACAGUCGCUUAUAUAUAUCACUACUUCGCUCUCGUUUCCUUUAAACUAAACUAGGCACUGGCGCUCCCUUUCGUUUGUUUCGACUCAUCUUUGCUUCAUCUGAUUACCACUAGAGCACCACUGUAUUGUUCCCAAGUUAAAGCGAGUUCACAGGAAUGAGUGUGAGAUUGUUAUGUCUUCUAAGAAAUUAUUAGUGACUUUUGAUGAUUUGUUGAAAAUAUUGAAAUCAUUGCUAGUUUAAUUGUUUCCGAAUGAAGACUACUGUGUAUAGCUUUAUGGAAUAGCGGUAGUAUUUUAUUACUUUUAUUUCAUUUUUAAUUUAGGUAAAAUUAAAGUGUUUGGAGCCUGUUUUGUAACUUGGCAUUAUAGUUAGGUAACGUGUGUACGAAGCUUCACAAAAUAGAAAACUUACGAGCAGCUGAUCGGUAGCUGUCAAAAUGGAAAGUUCAACUAGUGAAGACACAGGCGACGAUUAUUAUUUAGAAUUAUCCGCUGAUCCGAUCAGAUUUGAAUCAGUCAGCUUUCUCACCAAUGUAUUCUUCGAUGACUCUAACAAACAAGUAUUUGCUGUACGGUCUGGCGGAGUUACAGGAGUGCUUGUCAAAGGACCUAAUCAAAAUUUGAGCUUUAGAAUGGAAGAUAAAGGACCUGUUAUUUCUAUUAAAUUCUCACCAGAUAUGAAUAUUCUUGCUAUACAGCGUACUAAUACUUCAGUCGAAUUUGUUAAUUACUUGCCUACUAGGGAACUGGAUAGCGUAGAAUAUUCGCAGUCAUGCAAAGGCAAGAAUGCAUCUAUAUUGGGAUUUGUAUGGACACAUGGCAAUGAAAUAUUACUGGUCACGGACCAUGGCGUAGAAUUGUUUCAGGUCACCCCUGAAAAACGUACUGUUAAAGCUUUAAAGUCUUUGAGCUUAGGAGUCAAUUGGUUUGUAUUUUGUCCACAAAGUUAUUUGGUAUUGUUAUCGUCAGGUACUAUAGGAAACCAGAUGCAAGCACUGCACAUAACUCCUGGAAAUCUUCACAAGUUAACAAAAUUUGAAAUGGAAGCCACAGCAACUAAGCCGGGUAAACUAGCAGUAUCUGAAAGAGACGUAGCUUUGGCUGUUUUAUACGAUAUACCAUGUAUAAUUGUACUCCGACAUCAACAAGGCGCGAGUCGGUCUAAUGCAACGACUUUUGUUUACGUUUACACUGUUCACAAGAUGAUGACCAUCAAGCGAAGUCAUAUUUUAAAAUUAGAUAUGAGCGGUAGAUUCGCAAUUAACGUAGUUGAUAACUUAAUCAUUGUUCACCACCAGGCGUCCAAAACAUCCAUGAUAUUUGAUAUUAUGCUACCUGGCGUGAGUGAUGGUACUGUCAUAUAUCAUACCAGUGUAGCUGUACCAAAGCCGAUAAAACCAUACAAUCUUAAGGUCCCGGGUGCUACAUUGUCAGAACAUAUUUUUCAGCCCUGUCAAUUAUAUUCCCCAAAUUGGGUUGUCUUCCAGCCCAACAUAGUUAUAGAUGCAAAACUAGGUUGUCUAUGGUACAUCGAAUUACGACUGGAUGCGUUAGUAAAGGUCAUUCGCGACAAGAUUCUAUUGGUCGAGUUCUUAAUGCAGCGUAAAGACGCGAAACAAAUCUUAAUUCAAGUUCUGCAAAGCUUCAUGACUCAGAUGCCUGUUAGCCUGAUGGAAAUGCCGACAAUUUUUGACAAACUCAAUUCCGUCUACAGGAGUCAUCUGGAGAACGAAAUACAGAGCCAGAUGGGAACUCCGUUGCAGAGCAAUACAAAGAGUGUGGCUACAACAUUGGAAAAUCUUAAGCAUAAACUUUUGAUAGAUCAAAGUGACAUAUAUACCCAUAUACUAUCCAAAUUUUCUGAAGGCACAAUAGAACCCAAAAUGGUGGUAUGGGUGUUACUCGAAUACAUAAGGUCAUUGGCAGAACAUGGCAUUCCAGUGCAACAUUAUUUGCAUGAGUUAGUUAUCACAACUCUAGUUCAUAGAAAAGCAUAUUACCAAUUACACCAACUACUGCAGUAUCACGUUGUAGCCGAUUCAAAGCCGUUGGCGUGUUUACUUCUUUCUCUCGAAAAUUUAUACCCAGCUGCCCACCAAUUAGCACUGGAUAUGCUGAAACGUUUAGGAAACGCCCACGAAGAAAUUAUCGAAGUGCUUUUGUCAAAGGGUCAUAUUCUACCAGCUUUAAGUUUCUUUAGGUACGUCCGUUCGGUGGGAAUGGCAGAUGAAAUAUCAGCUCGAAAGUUUCUUGAAGCAGGGAAGGCCUCCAACGACCCCAUACUUUUUCAUUCAGUUUUUAAGUUCUUUGAGCAACGUAACGUUAGGCUACACAAUACAACUGCCUUUACUCGCGGGGAACAUUGUCAGCCUUAUGUUCAGCAUUUCAAAUACUUGUUUCGUGAAACGGAUAACGGAUGCAACUCUGACACGAACUCAAAUGUGUCAACAGUCUCUACAUAAUUCAAUGGCCAUCAGAAGACCCAUCGACUGCUGAUCUAUUCUGCUUUCCAGGACGACAGGAAGAUCGACAUGAAAACCAUUAUAACGAACUUCAUAGAUUCCAGUAAUUGACGAUGGCCAUUACGCCGUCUGAAUACUCAUUUGCAAGUGACAUGCUAGAAAUUGCAGAGCGUGUCUCCAGGUAAACGAGAAAUGAAAUUCCAGUGUCUGUGAUUCUGUGAAGUGUCGAUCAAUAGAAUAUUCUUAUGUAUUUGUAUAUAUCUGAUGUACGUAUGAGUGUACAGAUGUAAGAGGGAGAGACAAAGUAAAGGAGAGAAUGACAAUGGAAAA